AUGUCAGAUCUAUACUGUCCACUUCCCCCUCGGGGCCAAGAUAUAUUUCGCUUCCGUCGCCCCUACGGAGUGAACUUAGGACCUACCUUCACACAAGGCCCGUCCCCCAACCAAACCACCACGCCAAAUGAGCUAGAAGCACUAACAAGCUCCAUCGAAACGAAUGGACUCGAAUCCACCGCCUCAACAUGGCAAUCCCACUGGCUUUCCGCCUUGCCAAACGACGAGCUGCUCUGGCUCAGAGAUACCUGCCACUGCAACACGAUCCAAGUGCCCCUUGGAUUCCUCACCCUCGGUCCUCUCUUCAGCCAAAGAACCCCCUUCGAGGGCGCCCCAUCCCAGGUCUACACGCGCUGCUGGUCCGCCAUCAAGCAUCUCAUCGAGCGAUGCCACGCCCACGGAAUCGGGAUCCUCCUCAACUUCGACCUUACCACCAACGGGGUAGACCUCCGCUCCAGCCCCGAGCGCCUCGCGCUCGCCCGGGACUGUAUCGCCUUCGUAGCCCAGGAGGUAACCUUCCACGCCCUGCACGGGGUGGUCGGUCUACGGAUCUCUACAUCAAAGGAGACGCCGAGGCCGGAUUCCCCCACUCUCCGCGACUGGUACAAGGAGAUCCGGAUGAUAGUCGGCGCCAUCGACGAGUUUCUGCCACUAUACAUCAGCGAUAACACUCCCGUGGGGACCGAACUCUUCCGUGACUGCGAGACGCCGCUCCACCACCAACUAGUCCAGGCCGACUCUAAACAGCCAGGAUCGGCAGCAAGGGCGACCUUACCCCGGGCGGCCCCCGGCCAUCUGCUACUCUCGCGGGACGAAGUCCAGACAAAGGCCCAGCAAGCCCGGAUCGAGCGGCCGCAGUUACUGAGGGAGGCCUUGGCGCGCCUGGAGGGAGAGGAGGAAGUGAAAGGGGAGAAGGGAGAGAGUGCAAAGGAGAAAUACUGCCACCGUGCGGUUGGGCGGCAGAGUUUCGUCCACGGCUGGGAUCUGGGAUACAGCGAUGCGCUGCGGUUUUUCGAUGCCGCGGUGGAAGGGUUGGUGCCGCAGCGCGCGGGGGCGGACAGAAUCGGGGAGGUGGAGUUGUGGGCUCGUCGACGGGCAAGCGACGUUGCACGGCUGGAAGAGAACCAUCAGGCUUGGGAGCUGGGGCUUCGACGAGGGAUUGCCGAUUUUAAUCGGUUCGUGGGCAUUUGA